AUGGAGCGACUCAUUCGCCCCGUCUCGCGCCAAUUGUUGCGUUCUCGCACUCGCUAUCCUUUUUCCGUUCCCCCACCUCCGGCGUUAAAGAGACUCUACACCAUGGGACACAGCAAGCCUGAGUUGAACGAUCCAUCCCUCUUCAUUGAGAAGUCCUACAUCAAUGGGGAGUGGGUUGGUGCUAAGUCGGGCCAGACCUUCGAGGUCCACGACCCCGCCACUGGCAAGCUCAUCGGAACAUGCCCCGAUCUCGAUGCAGCCGACGUCGAGAAGGCCAUCGAGGCCGCCUCCGAGGCCUUCCCCAAAUUCCGCACAACCCUCGGCCGCGAGCGCGCGCGCAUGCUCCGCCGCUGGUACCAACUGAUGAUGGACAAUGCGGAGGACCUGGCAAAGUUAAUCACCUGGGAAAACGGCAAGCCGUUGGCCGACGCCAAGGGCGAGGUGAACUACGCCGCCAGCUUCUUCGAGUGGUUCAGCGAGGAGGCGCCCCGUACAUACGGUGACACUAUCCCGGCUACUGUGCCAGGGAACCGCGUCAUGACGCUCAAGCAGCCCGUCGGUGUGUGCGGUCUUAUCACCCCGUGGAACUUCCCGGCGGCUAUGAUCACCCGGAAGAUCGCCCCGGCCCUGGCGGCUGGCUGCACUGUCGUUGCCAAGUCUCCGGCCGAGACUCCUUUCACUGCUAACGCUCUGGCUGAGCUGGCGCACCGCGCUGGUAUCCCCAAGGGAGUCGUUAAUAUUGUUACUUCUGGCAAGAAUACCCCGGCUGUGGGUGAGCUCAUCACUACCCACCCGGAGGUGCGCAAGGUGUCUUUCACCGGCUCGACCAACGUCGGCCGGCUGCUGAUGAAGCAGGCUUCGUCGACCAUCAAGAAGGUGUCGUGGGAACUCGGCGGCAACGCGCCGUUCAUUGUCUUUGACGACGUGGAGGAUCUGGAUACCGCCGUUACAGGCGCUAUUGCCUCCAAGUUCCGCAGCUCCGGCCAGACCUGCGUCUGCGCGAACCGGAUCUACGUGCAGAGUGGCGUGUACGACGAAUUCGCCAAGCGCUUCGCUGCCAAGGUCAAGGACUUCAAGCUCGGAGGCGGCUUCGAGGAGGGCAUCACACACGGCCCCGUUAUCCACGAGCGUGCUGCUGAGAAGGUGCAUCAACACGUCCAGGAUGCUACCUCCAAGGGUGCCAAGAUUGCCAUCGGUGGCCAGAAGGCUUCUGCACUUGGACCUAACUUCUACGAGCCCACUGUGCUGACCGGCAUGACCAAGGAGAUGCUCAUUGCCUCCGAGGAGACUUUCGGUCCCGUGGCCGGUCUCUUCCGCUUCGAGACCGAGAAGGAGGUCGUGGACCUCGCCAACAGCGCCGAGGUUGGUCUUGCUGGAUACUUCUUCAGUGGCAAUGUGCGCCGCAUCUUCCGCGUUGCUGAGGCCAUGGAGGUUGGCAUGGUUGGUGUCAACACUGGUCUGAUCAGUGACGUUGCUUCUCCAUUCGGCGGUGUCAAACAGAGUGGCUUCGGUCGCGAGGGCAGCAAGUACGGUAUUGAUGAGUUCAUGGUUAUCAAGAGCGUCACCUUUGGCGGCAUGGGGGAGCCUCUGCAGGCAUAA